GACAUAUUUUCAUCUAUGACAGAUGACGAGGUGAAGAAAUUCCGGGCAAGCGUUGAGCCUGCCAAGAGCGUGAUACAUAAGCUUCGUCAGAUCUCCUUCGCAAUUAUAAAUUCUCCGACGAAGCUUCUUCCAGCAUGGAACGAGAUUCUUCGAGAUCUCCAGCUUCCUCCCCGGAUGCUGCCUCGAGAUGUUCGCACUAGGUGGCACUCAACUGGAGAUAUGAUUCAUCUCUCGCUCAAAUAUCGUGCUGCUGUGGACCGGCUGACCUCAGACAAG